AUGGCUAUGUUGCAGCCGAAUAUAGACAGGCAAGCUUACAUUGUGUACAUGGGAAGUCAUUCACAGAAGGAAGUAUCAGCAACAGAGAUUCAUACCAAUAUGAUGGAAGAAGUGGUUGGCAGUGGUGGGUCAGACCAUAUGUUGUAUAGCUACAAGAGAAGCUUCAGUGGUUUUGCCGCCAUGCUAACAAGCGAGGAGGUGCAGAAGCUGACAAGAAUGGAGGGAGUGAUAUCUGUUUUCCCCAAUGGAAAGAUGCAGCUUCACACAACAAGAUCAUGGACCUUUAUUGGCCUUACAGGGAAAUCUGAAAGAAGACCAUUAGAGAGGGACAUGAUCGUCGGGAUGCUUGACACAGGAAUUUGGCCUGAAUCUGAGAGUUUCUCAGAUGAAGGGUUUGGUCCACCUCCUCAAAAGUGGAAGGGAACAUGCAUGAAGUCAGAAAAUUUCACCUGCAACAACAAGAUAAUUGGAGCUAAGUACUACAGGGUAACGGGGAACUUCUCUCUUGAUGUGGCUUCACCAAGAGAUACAGAAGGCCAUGGUUCCCAUACUGCAUCAACAGCAGCAGGAAACUUUGUCCCCAAGGCAAGCCUUGAAGGGCUUGGCUUGGGAACAGCUCGAGGCGGGGCACCAUCUGCUCGAAUUGCAGUCUAUAAGAUUUGUUGGGCUGAUGGUUGUUAUGAUGCUGAUAUACUGGCUGCAUUCGAUGAUGCCAUCGCUGACGGAGUUGACAUUAUCUCUGUCUCCCUCGGAGCUACUAACCCAAAGGGAUACUUCGAGGACUCCAUCGCCAUUGGGACGUUCCACGCUAUGCGACAUGGCAUUCUUACCUCGACUUCUGCUGGCAAUGAUGGUCCCACUCCAGGAUCAGUCAAUAACGCUGCACCUUGGCUUCUGUCCGUAGCAGCUAGCAGCAUAGACAGGAAGUUUAUGACGAAAAUUCAACUAGGAAAUGGAGCUUCGUAUGAGGGUGUUUCGAUCAAUACCGUUAAUCUUUAUCCCACAAUGUACCCCAUUAUAUACGGUGGCCGUGCCCCAACAUUGAAGAAACCAAACGUCACUGCAGCGAGAAAUUGCCAGAAAGGGUCAUUGGAAAGGAGAUUGGUGAGAGGAAAGAUUGUUCUUUGUGACUUAAUCGUUAAUGGAGAGUCAGUUUCUGCAGCAGGAGGAGUUGGUGCAAUGAUGCAAGACAACACAUACAAUGAUGUUGCUUACAAUUUUGCUGUCCCAGCUUCCCACUUUGGUCCCGAUCCCGGAUCUAAAAUCUCAGCUUAUGUGAAACAAACUGAAAAUGCAACUGCAACAAUGUUCAAGAGUAUCCACCAAAGGGACGACUCAGCUCCAUACAUAGUUGGGUUCUCAUCCAGAGGGCCUAAUGCCAUAACAAAAGACAUCCUGAAGCCCGACAUUGCAGCUCCCGGUUCGGACAUCCUGGCUGCUUGGUCACCAGCUACCACAGUGACAGGACUAGUGGGAGACAAAAGGGUGACAAAUUACAACAUCAUCUCAGGCACAUCCAUGGCUUGCCCUCACGCAACUGGAGUAGCUGCAUACGUCAAGUCAUUCCAACCAACUUGGUCCCCUGCUGCCCUUAGGUCUGCUCUAAUGACAACAGCAAUGCCAAUGAGCCGCGCCAAGAACCACGAUGCAGAAUUCGCGUACGGUGCAGGGCUGAUAAACCCUGUCAAGGCAGUAGACCCCGGCCUGGUAUACGAUGCUGCCGAGGAAGAUUACGUUCACUUCUUGUGUGGACAAGGCUAUAACAGCACACAAAUUCAGAUUCUCACCGGGGAGGACAUCCACUGCAGCAAUGAGAAGAAGCUGGCAGUGUGGGAUUUGAACUACCCUUCGCUUACCUUGUCUGUCAAGCCUGGUGGUGGCAGCGUGAUGAGGGUGUUUCAUAGAACUGUAACGAAUGUAGGGAGCAGUGGAUCAUGUACUUACAAGGCCAUAGUCAAGGUUCCUGAAGAAGUUGUGGUUAAAGUUAGACCUUCAGUUCUGACUUUCCAGUCUGUUGGGGAGAGCAAGUCGUUCACUGUAACUGUGGUGGUGAAGUUGGGCAAAAACUCUAUAUCUGGGGCUUUGAUCUGGGAUGAUGGAGAACAUACUCACAUUGACGGCGGCGCCAAUACCCCUACUGCCGCCGGUAGCCGCAUUCUGGCAACUCUGAUGGAGGACGGUGAGAUGAGUGAUGAUGGAGAUGUAGAGCUUGCUGCUGCCAUCGAUGCAUUGCACUUGAUGAUGAAGAGGGAUGCGGAUGAUUCUGUGCACACAUUCAUAGGGCAUACAUUUGAAGUUUAUGUAGCUGCUUGCAGCCCAACAGAUCCUUCACUGGUAGCAACUGGAGGUGGUGAUGAAAGAGGGUUUCUUUGGAGGAUAGGACAGGGAGAUUGGGCUGCUGAACUAGGAGGUCAUAGGGAAUCCGUUAUUAGCUUAGCAUUCAGUAGCGAUGGACAGUUUCUUGCAUCUGGAGGGCUUGAUUCUGUUGUUAAAAUCUGGAAUGAAUCUGGAAAUCUUAUAUGUACUCUUGGAGACCAUGUUGAGAAUGAGCAAAUAGAGGAAAGUACUCGUGGAGACCAUGUUGAGAAUGAGCAAAUAGAGGAAGGUGGACAUUCUCCUACGGACGGCCUUGAGUGGGUCAGGUGGCAGCCUGGAGGUCAUCUAGUCUUGGCUGUUUCAAAUGAUAACACUGCUUGGGUGUGGGAUGCCGAUACAGGCAGAACCAUCUGCACUGGUUCUGGCGAUAAGAGUUUGAGAAUAUGGAAUCUGGAAACUGGUCAAUGUAUACACGUUGUAAGAGGUGGUGAGUACCUUAUCUGGUCACUCAGAUUCAGUUUCGUGCAUUGCUCUGCCAGGUUCACCAAGAGUGAAUUGACUUGCUUAACAUGGAUAGGCACAUCGAGUUUCGUUGCUGCAGGAUGUGCAGACGGUGCUAUAGUGGUAUGGGACGCUGGAUAUGGAACCAAGACUUACAUUGUGUACAUGGGAAGUGUAUCCGCUGAGAAGAACAAUGAUAACCAUCUCCUUGCUGCCCGUCGUCACCACAAUUUGCUUUCGUCUGUGCUCGGAGACGAGGAUUUAGCUCAACACGUCAGACUCACCUCUUAUGGCAAGAGUUUUGACGGAUUUGCCGCAAAUUUACUCCCACAAGAGGCUGAGUGGCUACAAGAAAACGAAAAUGUGGUAUCGGUGUUUCUAUCGGGAACAAAGCAACUCUCCACAACUUGGUCUUGGGAUUACCUAGACAUGCCUCUCUCGGUUCAAAGAAAUUUCGACAUCGAGUCCGAUAUUAUCAUUGGCAUGAUUGACAGCGGAAUCAACGUCGAUGCUCCGAGCUUUAGCGACAAGGGAUUGGGCCCACCUCCGGCGAAGUGGAAGGGAAUCUGCCAAAAGGGACUCAACUUCACUGGCUGCAACAAUAAGGUGAUUGGGGCGAGAGCGUAUGACGUGGGCAACCUAGAAACCACGCCGCUGACGCCACUCGACGACACGGAAGGCCACGGGACCCACACGGCCUCCACGGUGGCCGGCUCAGCCGUCGGCGGAGCCAGCUACCGCGGCCUGGCUAAAGGCACGGCGCGAGGUGGCGUCCCGUCGGCUCGGCUCGCCAUCUACAAAGUCUGCGGGCCCAAAGCCGCUUGCACCGACGCCAACCUGAUGUCGGCGUUGGAUGACGCAAUCCACGACGGCGUCGACGUGAUAUCGAUGUCGCUGGGUGCGCCAACGAUGGACUAUUUCAAGGAUCCGGUGGCCAUCGGUUCGUUCCACGCCAUGGAGAAGGGAAUCAUCGUCAGCGCCGCGGCUGGUAACAAAGGGGAAAUGGGUCAGGUCGAGAACGUGGCGCCGUGGAUCCUCACCGUCGCCGCUAGCCGCACCGGCAAGCAGUUGAGGACUCCAAUCGUUCUCGGGAACCGCUUUGCUACUCUGGGUGUUACAUUUAACUACCUCUCCACGAAGAAAUGGUACCCCAUUACUAACGUAGCAAAAGCUACUAACGACAGCAAUAAUGCAGCCUCAGGGGAGUGUGACACGAAUAAUUUGGACCCAAAGAAGGUGAAAGGAAAAAUAGUUUACUGCAAGAACGGCGAAUCGGCUCCUCUUGAUACCUUGAGCGAGUUUGGUGCCGUUGGGCUCAUCGGAGAUGCCGUUUCCUGGUAUCCCGACUUCCCCCAAACUUACCCGAUGCCGGCGUCGCUGCUCGAUCCGACGCGCGGGCAGAUUGUCGAUGGCUACAUUAAUUCUACCAAGAAUCCUCGAGCAUAUAUAUUGAAGACCACGGGUGUCAACGUUACUGCUCCGGCCGUUGCAGUUUUCUCGUCCAAAGGUCCCAACCAGCAGUCCAGAACUAUUUUGAAGCCGGACGUCAUGGCGCCGGGGGUGAACAUCUUGGCAGCGUUCCCUCCAUAUCUACUCGGCGAAGAUAACUCGUACGGCCAUCCUUUCAGAUUCUUGAGUGGCACCUCCAUGGCUUGCCCCCAUGCCACCGCCGCCGCCGCCUUUGUCAAGUCCCACCGACCACAUUGGUCUCCCGCCGCCGUCAAAUCCGCCCUCAUGACCACCGCACGGGCUGCGAAGGAGCAAAAUCCACUGGCGGAGUACGCGUACGGGUCGGGCGAAAUCGACCCGGUAAAGGCACUGGAUCCGGGGCUGGUAUACGACAUGUCGUUUGUGGACUACGUCCGCUUUCUCUGCUCCGAAGGCUACUCCAACACGUCUUUGAGCAUAAUGACGGACGGAGGAGAUGUCAGCUGCCCGUCAGAAUGCUCCGACAGUACUCAUGACUUCGUCAACUACCCGUCCAUGAACCUCCAGGUGGCACUCGACUCCACGUCACCGUACGCUGCCGUUUUCCAGCGCACAGUCACCAACGUGGGGCCUGCGAAGUCGACGUACGUGGCAACAACGAAGGGUCCAGCGGGGAUGGAGAUAAAAGUGGCGCCGGCGAGGUUGGAGUUCGAGAAAGUGGGCGAGAAGAAGACGUUUAAGGUGGAAGUGAAAGGGCCGGCGCUGCAGCAGCUGGGUCAGGAGAUGGAUCGGGUUCUGUCGGGUUCUUUGGUGUGGACCGGGUCGUCGGGUCAUCGAGUUCGGAGCCCCGUUGUGGUUUCUUUGGCUUUCGUUCCUCUCUAA